GAGGCGAGCUGUUCCUUUUCUUGCGCCGUUCAUGGUCGGUCUUGGAAGCUUCUGGAUUGCAGUUGCGACGCUCCCUUGUAUGGCUUCCAUUGUUCACUCGGCACGCACUCUCAACGACUUCGUGCUGCAUUACGAGCCGCUUGCGUACGAGCCCAUCAGUGUGGGCAGCAGGCGCUGGAAGCGCUCAGCUGCGCAACACCGGGCCACGCGCAGCGUCGAGCUUGCAUUCAGGUCCUACAAGAGAGAGUUCAGGCUGCGCCUGGAAAGGGACCCGUCCGCUUUCGCCGAAGACUUCACCAUCGAGACUCACCAAGGACCAGUAUUGGACAACCUGGAGCAUCUCUACUCCGGUCAUGUCGUGGGGGCGCCUCACAGCCGCGUGGUGGGAUCCAUCAUAGGGGGCGUGUUCAGUGGCCGCAUCUCGCUGCCCCGCGAGGGCGAAGAGUUCUACGUGGAGCGCGCCGGCCACUUCUUCCAGGACUCUGCGCCCUUCCACUCGCUCAUCUACUCGGCGCGGGACGUCCGCUUCGCCGACGGACGCUGCGGCCUUCACGGUGCCACCAAGGAUGCCAUGGACCGAAUACGGCGCCAAUACGGCCGGCAGCAAUCUCAGCAACGCCGUCUAAAGCGUUCCGUGAUGGACCUCGACCUCGAAACCACUUCGAUGACCGGCACGAUUCGAAGGAAUGCUGCGGCCCAUGGUUCCGGCAUUCGCGGUCGAAACCUCUCGAAGACGCCCUCAAACCGCGGUGGCGUCAUGGAGCCGCAGGGAGCGUUCCGAAAGACGUACGUUCAGCGCGUGUGUAACCUCGAGAUCGCCGUGGACCACACGCUGUUCGAGGCAGUGGCCUCCUGGCAGGGAAGCGAGCACGACAGGAUUCUCAGGGCACGCCAAGAGUUGACCAGCAUGGUGUCCAGGCACGUGAAGGCCGUCUCGGAGAUCUUUGCAGGCACAAACUUCAACGGUAUCACCGGCAUCGAGUUCGUGGUGCAGCGUCUCGUGAUCAACGACUCCAGCGUGUGUGAGGGGUCGGCGAUGCAGACGAACCCCUUUUGCCAGGACAGCCUGGACGCUCCCCACGCGCUGCACGAGCUGUCCAAAAUGAACCACGACGGUUUCUGCGCUUCGUACCUGUGGACCCACCGGGACUUCCCAGGAGGGACGCUGGGCCUCGCCUACAUGGCUGAACCCGAUGGUUUCUCGGGCGGCAUAUGCGAGCAGUUCAAAUCCGGAGGAGGCGUAGUGCUCGACACUGACACCACGGGCUACGUCGGCAGGCUGAGCCUCAACACGGGCGUGGUGACCUUUCUCAACAAGAACAUGCGGGUGCCGCAGCGGGUCUCCGAAAUCACCUUUGCCCACGAGCUAGGGCAUAACUUCGGAGCGCCGCACGACAUGCCUCCGGACUGUGUCCCCGACGGCACCGGCGGCAACUUCAUCAUGUUCGCCAGCGCUACGCGCGGCAACAAACCCAACAACCGGCGCUUCUCCGUGUGUAGCGUGCGCAACAUAUCGGCCGUCCUGGUGCAGAUGUUCACGCACCGCGGGUCCCGUCCCAACUGCCUGCAGGAGCCCCAAGGCCCGUUCUGCGGCAACUCCAUCCGCGAACUGAACGAGGAGUGCGACUGCGGCUACGAGCGCCAGGACUGUGGCGCCGACGUGUGCUGUUAUGCACGCGAGCACGGAGAGAUCAACCGCAAGCCGUGCACGCUCAAGCCCGGAGCCGCGUGCAGCCCCAGUAACGGAGCGUGCUGCAGCGCCGACUGCCGCUUCCACAACACGUCGGUGGCAUGCAGGCCUGAAGAGGACUGCACCUUCGAGGCCUACUGCACCGGCAUAAGCGGCGAGUGCCCUCCGUCCGACUGGAAGCCCGACGGCACGCUCUGCAAUCACGCCACUCAGCUGUGCGACGCCGGCGAGUGCAGUCAGUCCGUUUGCCGCCUGUACAACCUGGUCGACUGCUACCUGACCGGGUCAUACCUGAGCAUGGAGGACAUGUGCCUCAUCGCCUGCCGAGAGAACGUGCCGGGAAGCGAAUGCAAGGAGGCGUGCAGUUUCGAGCGCAUGCGCGACUUCUGCGGCAGACGCAUGCAACCGGGCGCUCCGUGCUACGACCUGCAGGGAUACUGCGACGUUUUCCAAAAGUGCCGCCUCAUCGACGCCGAGGGUCUACUCUCCAGGCUCAAGCGACUCGUCUUUGGCGGCGCAGGCAUGGGCAGCGCACUUGUGCACUACUGGUACCUGACGCUGGUGGCGGUCGUGUUGGGGGGCGCGGCAACUGCAGUGUUCGUGCGAGUUUGUUCUGUGCACACGCCGAGUACCAACCCGCACCUGCCACCGGAGAGGUCCAUCAUGUCCAGUGCACGCCAUCCGGUCACCUUCAUCAAGGACAUGACGCGCUUGUCGUGA